AUGUCGGGGAAAUCCCAACGUUGCGCUUCAUACACCUUCAAUAGAACGAAAUUGAUUGAAAAUAAAAUUAGCGACGGUGAUCUUAAAGGUGCCGCUCGGCUCCUAUUCACAAGCGACGUGCUAUCGCCAGAUACUCCUGACACCCUUUCGGCAUUAAUUUCCAAACAUCCCCCGGCUCCUUCAGUGCCACACGUGUUGGCUCCACCUACAGCCGACCAGGCCUGCCUCCAAAUCGAAGGCAAAGACGUUGUCGACGCCAUAUUUUCUUUUAAAAACGGUUCGGCGGCCGGCCUGGAUGGGAUCUCGCCCCAACAUUUGAAAGACCUAAUCUCUCACUCCGUAGGAGACGCUGCUGAGCAGCUUAUCUGUUCCCUCACAAAAUUAAUAAAUUUUAUGUUUUCAGGCAAAAUCAAUUCCGAAAUUCUACCCAUUCUAUACGGUGCCAACCUGAUUGCCCUAACCAAAAAGGACGGAGGGGUGAGACCCAUUGCGGUGGGGUCCACACUGAGGCGUCUCGCAUCAAAAAUUGCGGUCCAGAACACGCGAGGCUUUUGGCGGUCGGAGCCCGGGAAGCCGGUUACUGGCUACAUGCCCAUCCCUCACCAAACACUGGUACUUUCUUGGAUCCGACCUCCCUUAGACUGGCGAUUGGCCUGCGACUUGGGGUUUCGGUGUGUACGCCACACAUAUGCUCUUGUGGCACGGACGUGGACCGACUGGGACACCAUGGAUUAUCUUGUCAAAAAAGUGCAGGCCGUUUUUCGAGACAUGCGUCGCUUAAUGACAUUAUCCGUCGGUCCCUUGCAACCAUCAAUGUGCCUGCUCUCCUUGAGCCGACUGGCAUAAUCAGAGA